AAACUCUCCUGGAUGACUUCCUUCUCACGUACACGGUCUUCAUGACGACUGAUGACCUGUGCCAGGCACUUCUGAGGCACUAUUGUGCUAAGAACCACCAAGGGAAAGAAGACGACUCUGAUGUGUCCUGCAGGAAACGAAAAGUCUUGCAUUUGGUGUCUCAGUGGACUUCUCUCUACAAAGACUGGUUACACGAAGAUGAGCAUUUAAAACAAUUUUUAAAGACAAUAUACAGGAAUGUGUUAGAUGAUGUGUAUGAAUAUCCCAUUCUUGAGAAGGACCUGAAAGAAUUUCAGAAGAUACUUGGGAUGCAUCGUCGUCACACUGUAGAUGAGUAUUCACCUCACCGAAAGAAUAAAACCUUUUUCCACCAGUUCAGUGUAAAGGAGAACUGGCUGCAGCACAGAGGAACCAUGAAUGAAACAGAAGAAAUUUUCUGCCGUGUGUAUAUAACAGAGCACUCGUACGUCAGCGUGAAAGCUCAAGUAUCCUCUUCAGCUCAGGAGAUACUGAAGAUUGUAGCAGAAAAGAUCCAGUACCCGGAGGAGGAGUUGGCGCUGGUGACAGUCACGUUCUCUGGUGAAAAACAUGAACUACAACCAAAUGACUUGGCUAUCUCGAAGUCUUUCGAGUCAUCCGGUCGUAUGUUUGUCUACCGAAAAGAUCCGUCUGAUUCUUUGAACCCAUUUGCUGAAAAUGAGGAAUUGCAGCAAAGGUCUGUGAGAAUUUUGGGAAUCAACACUUGGGAUCUGGCCUUAGAACUAACAAACUUUGACUGGAGCCUCUUCAAUGCAAUUCAUGAGCAAGAGCUGAUAUACUUCACGUUCAGCAGACAGGGCAGUGCUGAAAACACUGAGAAUCUCAGUCUUCUGCUUCAAAGAUGCAACGAGGUCCAGCUUUGGGUUGCCACCGAGAUACUUCUCUGCAGCCAGCUCUGCAAACGUGUACAGCUAGUCAAAAAGUUCAUCAAGAUUGCUGCCCACUGUAAAGCCCAAAGAAAUCUGAAUUCAUUCUUUGCUAUUGUUAUGGGUCUCAACACUGCAUCUGUCAGCCGGCUGUCUCAGACGUGGGAGAAAAUUCCUGGGAAGUUCAAGAAACUUUUCACUGAACUUGAAAGCUUGACGGACCCUUCUCUGAAUCACAAAGCUUACAGAGAUGCAUUCAAGAAAAUGAAAUCUCCGAAAAUCCCCUUCAUGCCCUUACUUCUGAAAGAUGUAACAUUCAUCCACGAAGGAAAUAAAACUUUUCUGGAUAACCUUGUUAAUUUUGAAAAGCUGCACAUGAUUGCAGAUACUGUUCGGUCACUGAGACACUGCAGAAAUAACCAGUUUGGCAAUGAAGUUCCUUCGAAAGAGCAUCACGAGCUGAAGCCAUACAUCCAUCACCUGCAUGUCAUCGACAACCAGCAAGCUCUGUUUGAGCUUUCUCACAGGAUAGAACCGCGAGCGUGAGCGUACACAGCUUCAUAUAACCGUGUAACUGCAGCACUUUGAAUUAAGUGAAUGUUUAUGCCAAGCAUGUUGCUUCCCUAUAUAAGAACAGUUUACUGAGUUUUAUCAGUAGCUCACACAACAUGCACAGGAAAAUCAGGCAGGAGCCAGCAAAGGAGCUGCUCACGGAGUUGCAGGGCAAGCUUGGUGCCAUCCCCACUGGUCACCAGGACGGGAGGGAGUGGAGCAGCAUCCUUUGAGCUCAGGAGCUUGGUUUCUGUGAAAAUAUUGUUUGGUCCAGUGUAUCUUUCAAUGCAGAUUCUGCCAGUAUUAGAAUGAAAGGAAUCAUGUCACAGCAGCAAGACAUUUCAGCAAGCAACAUGCCGCAAGGGGCUUGAUUCUCGGUUCACCUCAGCGCGUACCUCACUAAUUCAAGGCUGCCCAAGUAUGUUGCCAAAAAUACUGUGCAAUCUGUGCAGCUCCCCUGACUCCACUGGAGCAUCUUAUUUGAGAUAAGUGUUGACAACCAAGCAUGGGAGUACAAAAAGACAGCGCGCCGGAUGAGACUCAAGAGCGCGGCGUGACGUGGAGGUCAGCAGUAAACAGUUCACGCUGUUACGGCCCCUUAAGAAUCUGCUUUCUGAAA